UCCCAGGCCAGGCCCGUCUGAGCGCCAAGCUGCAGACACACGAGACCCAGACCCGGGCCAGCGUGGCCCUCCACGGAGGGGAUGGUGGUGUCAGCAUGGACGUGGCAGCCCUGGUGUCCUGGCUGGCGAAUGGCUCCCUGGAGCUGCUGGUGAACGCCAGCCACACGGCCCCUGCUCUCCGGAGGCUGGGCCUGCCCUCGACCACCCAGCUCGUGUUCCAGAAGCUCUGGGCAGAGGAACAGAUGCUGUCUUCCCUACGGCUGACCUGCGAUUCUCAAGCCAGCCUGGUCCUCGACGUGCGUGGCCAGAGCCAGGAGUUCCGGAAAGAGCUGCAGCUGGCCGGCGGGCACAGCCUCCCCGCCCUCCUGGGCCGCUGCCCCCGCAGAGCCUCAGCCUCGGCCAAGCUACAGUACUUGGAGCGUGAGGCCGAGAGCACGAUUUUCUUCGAGGGGGAGGACCAUCAUUUCCAUGUGGGCACCAGGCUGGUGACGACAAAGGCCAGUGUCACCAACACCAUCAGGCUGGAGCAGACCUUCCCCCAGCUCAGAGCCGUUCCCAGGCAGCUGGUCCUGCAGACCUUGUACAAGACAGCCCGCGGGACCCACAUCCUGCACCAGACAGUUCUGUGGGAUGAUCAGGAGGCGGUGCUCAACGGGAGCCUCUUGGGGCCCUUCCCCAGGCCUGUUGGGAACCUCAGCGUCCAGGCAGAGCUCACACACCCACUGCCUCUGUCCCUGUCCCCACCGUGGCGUGGCAGCCUCCGUCUGUCCUGCGAGCACUCACGACACAGACACCGGGACGACCUGGUCGUGGGCUGGGAUGGCAAGGACCAGGUGCUGGUCUCGUCCUCUCUGCAGCUGGGGAAGGGCAAGCUGGCCGGCCGCCUGGCCCUGGCUCACCCCUUCAGCCUCUCCUUGUGGCGCAUCGAGGCCAGCGGCCUCGCUGAGGGCAGGGGUGGCCGGCGGAGCGCAGAGGUCCAGCUGGCCUGGGACAGAGGACAGCCCGUGACCUUGCACCUUGCUUGGACCAACAGGUCCUCAGAGUUCAGUACCAUCUGGGAUGGCUGCCUGGCUGCCUCUCCGGGGCAGCUCCAGGAAAUUUGGGGUCUGAGUGCCCUCAGGGCCUGUGGAGCCUUAACACAGACCCCAGCCGUGUUCAGCGAGCAGCUCGAUCUGUCCUGGGACCGACGCCGGGUGCAGCAGAACCUGACGUAUGAGAGGCACUGGCCGUCCCAGCCAGACCGGCUCCACGGACAGGCCGUGCUGGAGCACGUCUUCACCUUCGCCGGCCCCUGCGCCACACACAGCCUCCAGGGACAGGCGGAGACCGAUUAUGCCCACUGGCUGCGCCAGUCCCUGCACCUGGGGCUCUGCGACCUGCCCAGGGCUCUCUCAGUCUCUGGGGAGCACACCCUGGGCCACAGUGGGCUCCUGCUGCAUUCCCACUGCCAACUGGGCCUUGCCCCGGACCCAGACCAUGGUCUGCGCCUCAACCUGACCGUCCGCGACCACAGCAAGCCUCGGGCACCAGACUUCUCCGGGGAGCUGGAGAUCCUCAGCCCCAAGGCUCAGCAGCUCAGCCUGCGGGGCCGGCUGUCCACCUCGGCUUCUCAGGGCAGCAUCCAGCUGGAGGGAAUCCUGGACAACGGGGACAAGAAAGUGAGGCUGUCGGUGUCCCGGGCCCAGAGCUGCCUCCAGGCCACUGGGGCCCAUGAGGAAGGGCGCCGAGAGGAGAGCGUGCUGCUGCGGGCAUGUGCCCACGGGCGGACGGCUGAGGCGGAGGCCCUGCUCCUGGACGGUGGGCGGCCCGUGCAGCCCCUGGGACGCCUGAGCCUGCAGGCUGCCCCCCAGGUUCUCCACCUGGCAGCGCACGGCUGCCCCGGAGCCCUGCUGGGCCGCGUGGAGUCCAGGAUCGCAGCCAUUGGGGCCCAGGUGGGAGCCCGGCUGGAGAGGGAGAUCCGAGGCCUGGAUGCCUACGUGGAGAGGUUCUGGCACCUGGUGCGGCCGGCGGGCCCCCCGGAUAGCGCGGUGGGCCCCCUCCUGCGGUUGUCCCAUGCAGGCCUGGGGGCCGUGGCGGCGAGUGGCUGGGCAGUGGCCACGGCGUGGGGCCAGAGCCAGGCCCGGCAGGCGCUGACACACCACUUGCCCCUCUACCUGGACAGGCUGCAGGUGGGGCUGGAGCAGCUGCGGAACGAGCUGGAACGGCCCCUGGCCACGCUGAAGGACGCCUACCUGGAGGUGGCGCCGCAGCCCCUGGAUGAGGUGUGGCGAGAGCGGCUGGAGGGGGCCGUGCGGCUGUGGCAGGCCCUGGCACCCAGGCCCAUCGGGGCAGCCUUAGAGCUGGCCGCCCACCAGAUGCUGUCUUGGGCCGAAGCCACUUUGUCACAGGCCUUGAGGAGGCUCUGUCGGCCCGUGCUGGCCCUGUACCGCUUCUCAGCCAGGGACUGUUCGGUGCUGGUGACCCUGCCGCUGCUGCCCGCGGUGGACGAGCCCCUGGCCGUGGCCCGGGUGACCAGCUACGUGGUGGAGAAGCUGCUGCGGCCGCUCCGAGAGCUGUCCAGGACCAACGUGCUAGCUGAGUACUACGGGCUCCGGCGCCGCUGGCUGGAGAGCCCCCACGAAUACCACGCUGUGGUGGCCGGAGCCAGGCACGUGGUGACCUUCGAUGGCCAGGUGUGGAGCCUGGGUGUGCGCUGUGGCCGUCUGCUGCUGGCCAAGGACUUUGCCCGCAACACGUUCUCGCUGACGCUGAGCCGGGCCCCCUCGGGGCUCCUGUCCUUGUGUGUGGAGUUGAACCGCACCACCCUGGUCGUCUACCCGAGCCUGCAGACCUACAGGCUCCACGACUCCUCCCGGCCGACACAGAGCUGUCCACACGUGGAUCCACCUCCUGCCAAGUCAAGGACGGACGUCCCCCGGAUUGAGCUGAGCAGUGAGGACGGCGUCUCUGUAGCCUGUGACGUCCGAGCUGGCCUCUGCAGCCUGACUCUCGGCCUCCAGCUCCACGGGGUGUCUGCUGGCCUUCUGGGCACCAAUGACAACGAGGCGGCCAAUGAGCGGACACUGCCGGAUGGCACAGUGGCCCACAGCCUGGAGGAGCUCGCCCUAGCCUGGCAGGUGGGUGGAGACUGCAAGGCCAUGGAAAAAACUCAGGAGUGCCCCGGCCGGAGCCCCACCUGCUGGGCCUUCUUCCAGGACCCCCGUUCCUGCCUGGGGAACUGCUUCAGGGUGGUGGACCCCGUGCCAUUCCUGAGCCUGUGCGUCCAGGACGCCUGUGGCCCUCAGGAGCUCCACCUGGCCUGUAACCUGGCGGCUGCCUACGUCCACUUGUGUGCCCGGGCCUUCGUGCCCCUGGACCCUCCUCCACAGUGCGUUUGAGACUGUGCCUAGGCCAGCACCAGCGGCCCAAGAUUUCAGCCUCCUUCACCUUCUCCCACCAAUCCCAGCUCCUCGGCAAGGCCGGGAUCCUUGGCUGGGCCAGAACCAUUAGCAUGAAACAGCAGCGGGUGGCGACCACAAGUGCUCCAGAUACAGCAAGGGAGGCUCCGAGUUGAAGAUUUCAAAAUACUUCUGGGGACCAUGAAGCUCCCAGCUGGUCUGGAGGAUUCUUUAUGCCUUCCUCGAUACCUGUGCUCUCUGCAGGACACAGCCUGGCCCCCUGGCCCCCGCCUCUGCAAAGGGAACUCCAUUCCAGCAACUGUCCUUGCCCUAGAUGUUUUUCCUUGUGCUUGGCUGCUCGGGCUGAGGCCUCCAUGGUGUGAGCCUGGCCUGCCCUGAGGUCUUCCUAGCUUGGCACUGGCUUCCCUGGCCCUCUGCGGUAUCUCCCUUAAGACCCGAGGCUCCUGGAGGGGGACUGAUGGUCCCCAAUUCCUUCAGCAUAAGCCUGGUGGGAGAGAGUCCCUCUUCGGGGUAAACACUGGAUCUGGAACAGAACUGUUUUUCGAAGCCUCCUUUUUGAGGGGCUGGUUCCCAGAGAUACCUGCUGGGGGCACUCAGGCCCCAAGGUUAUAGCCUUCAAAGCUGUUCACUUUCUUUGGGAAGGCAAACCUAUCCCUUGAAUUUUUGACUGAAAAAUAAAUCUGGCAGA